AUGGCACGCGCUGACACCGGCGUGUCAUUGAGCCGUUCAGUCCUUCCAUGUCAGCGUUCCCUGCCCCUUACGCGCUAUAUGGGAGGUCAGUGGUAUACUGUUGGCAUUGCUCUGUUUGCGUCCAUGGGAACAUUCCUAUAUGGAUUCGACACGGGCAUCGCAACCACCACCAUCGCUCACCAGAGCUGGAAGGACUAUAUGCAACAUCCCAACAACGGACUGACUGGUGCGGUCGUUGCCAUAUACAUCGCUGGCGAGGCUGUAGGGUCAAUCUUACAGAUCUUCAUCGCCGACCAGUUGGGCCGAAUUCGUUUUAUGCAGCUUGCAGCCGUGAUCGUGACAAUCGGGUGUGCUAUCCAAACUGCAUCUGUCAACGUCGGCAUGUUCCUUGCUGGGCGGGCUAUCGCCGGAGUUGCUGUCGGAGCACUGAGUGGCACAGUACCUGUCUAUCUCUCGGAAAUCAGCGCCCCCAAGACACGUGGGCUGAUCGGCGGCCUAUCUGGCGUAGGGCUUUCCGCAGGCACAAUGUGCGCCAACUGGGUCGGGUUUGCAGGGGGUUUUGCCCCUUACGGCCCCAUCCAAUGGCGAUUACCCCUUGGUCUUCAGAUUCCCUGGGGCGUCAUCCUUUUCACCGGCCUCUCGACCUUUAUGCCCAACUCGCCCCGUCAGUUAAUUCAGAAGGGGAAAGUCGAAGACGCACGCUACGCUUUUGAGAAGAUCAGAAGCGACUUGCUCUCCCAUGAAGCUCAACAUGAAUUCGCUCUCAUGCAGUCACAGAUCGAGUUCGAGAUGCAGCGCGAGAUGCGUAGCUAUAGAGAAAUCUUUGAGCUAUAUAGACAUCGAGUCUUGGUAUCCGUCGCAAUCCAAAUCAUGACCAGCAUAACAGGUGUCAAUGUUAUCCAGUACUACCAAACAACACUCUACGCAUCACUGGGCAUCGAUGGUCAGACCAUCCUCGCAUUGGCAGCCGUAUGGGGGACAUGCGCCUUCAUCUCCAAUGUCAUCUCCGUCAACUUCCUUCCUGACAGGUGGGGGCGACGAAAGAUGCUUCUAUUAGGUCUUGUGUGUGUCAUAGUGACGGAGAUAUACUGCGCGGUUAUGCAGCGCAUCUUCCAAAAUUCCACCAACAGCGUCGGGAAAGCCUUUGCCAUCCUUGGGCUAUAUCUAUUUGCCAUUGGCUACUACAGUUUAAUUAACAGCGUGACGUGGCUGUAUGGCGCGGAGGUUUUACCCAUGUCCAUCAGGAGUAGAAUAAUGGGUGUAGCCGCUGCAGCACAUUAUAUAGUCAACGUAUCUGUCACUGAGGCCGGUCCGAGUGCUUUUGCAACAAUCCACGAGAACUACUAUUACGUAUUCGUCGGAUGCUGCAGUGUUUACCUCGUGCUGAUUUACCUUUACUUCCCUGAGACCAAGCUGAAAACCCUGGAACAAAUCGCUGCGGCAUUUGGUGAUCGAGUUGUAGAUAUCGGUGAAGACCAGAUUGCCACCGAGAAUGCAAUAUUCAACAGCAAGUCUGGCUCGACACACCUGGAGAACAAGUGUUCCUAA